CUUUUAGCUGGGCCCCGGGCACUAUAUACGACUAAACAGAAUGCUUGAACAUUGCACGAAGCUAUGUACAUAGAAUGUAUAGCAUUAUAUAUCAUUUCUAAGUUGAAUGUCUCAAGCCAAUUCAUAAACUGAAGUCCUUAAUAGCUUUACGUGACUGAGAAUUCUAAAACCGUCUGACAAUUUUAAAACAAGUUGGACUGACUCGUGAGUUAAUUUGAAGUUUCAUGCUAUAGCCGUUUUUAUGAUAGAUUUUUAAAAAAAAUAGAUUUCAAUGAAGACUUCUGUCAUACUUCUGUUACUGUUGGUCACGUGGUGCAUGCUCGAUGAUGCUUCCGGUGGUUGGGGAAGGCGAGUAAGGAUUAGGAGAGUGCUGAGACGAAUCUGUAGUUGGUCAUGUCAUUAUAAGUGUGUGAAGACAUGUCCAGUCUGUGCACCAGUUUGCAGCCGUCCCUGCAAAAGGAUAUGUGGAAAAAAGAGGGACAUAACGCAUCCCUCAUCAUUGCCUUGUGACUUCAGCGCGUGGGACAGUGACAACAAUAACUCGGUGGACUUUAGGGAGUUCUCUGCGCUCGUCAAAGGACUUGCACGAAGAAAAGAUCUCCGUCUUGCUUUCGAAUCGGCAGAUAGUGAUGGAAACGGUGUUCUAUCAAGAGAUGAGCUUGCUGGGGCUACUUUCAUGCGUGGUCAGUGCUGAAAUGAUAAAGUCUAUGAAUAAAAUUUUCAGCAAUAUUC